UUGAUAAGCAACUGUAUAAAUAAACUUGAGCCAUCUUAAGUUGAUAAGUAGCGUAAGAUAGGUUUCGAAAUGAUCAAGUUCGUUAUUUUAAUUGCAGUGGUUUCAAUCCACAUAAGUCCAUCCUACAGUUCGACGUGGCCAAAUCCUACAGAAAGGCCUUCAACUUCAAGGAGUCCUCCACCUUCGCAAAAGCCAACAGAAACGUCUACAUACUUGCCUUGGAGUACAACGUCAUGGAGAACUUCAUCUUCGCCAAGACCAACAGAAACGUCUCCAUACUGGCCUUGGACUUCGACAUCAUGGAGGACUUCGACUUGGCCAAGACCGACACAAACAUCUACAGAUAGACCUUAUACUUCAACUCCAUGGAAAACUGCAUCUUCGCCAAGACCAACAGAAACGUCUUCAUAUUGGCCUUGGACUUCGACUUGGCCAAGACCGACACAAACAUCUACAGAUAGACCUUAUACUUCAACUCCAUGGAAAACUUCAUCUUCGCCAAGACCAACAGAAACGUCUACAUACUUGCCUUGGAGUACAACGUCAUGGAGAACUUCAUCUUCGCCAAGGCCAACAGAAACGUCUCCUUACUGGCCUUGGACUUCGACAUCAAGGAGGACUUCAACCUGGCCAAGACCGACAGAAACAUCUACAGAUAGACCGUAUACUUCAACUCCAUGGAGAACUUCAUCUUCUUCAACGUCAAACGGAACGUCAACAUACUGGCCUUGGAGUACAACACCUUGGAGAACUUCAUCUUCGCCAAGACCGACAGUAACGUCCACAUACUGGCCAUGGAGUACAGCUUCAUGGAUAACUUCUUCAUCUCCAAAGCCAACAGAAACGUCUACACACUGGCCUUGGAGUACAACGUCAUGGAGAACUUCGUCGUCUUGGAGAACUUCAACUUCGCCAAGACCAACAGAAACGUCUACAUACUGGCCUUGGAGUACAACGUCAUGGAGAACUUCAUCGUCUUCAAGGCCAACCGAAACGUCUCCAUACUGGCCUUGGACCUCGACGUCCAGGAGGACUACUAUUUGGCCCUGGUCAACUGAAAUAUCGUCAACCUCUACAACAACAAUAUCACCCUGGAAUACGACUACUGCUUCGCCUCAGCCCACAGUAGUGCCAUCUAACAAAACAGACAGUCCAAAUCAAGGAAAUGUGAACAUCAACGUGGAUAUUGAUAUUUUUGUUAUUCAGAACAACACGAAUGUCAAUGUGGUUGUUAACUGAAAAUAUAUCAUCAAAUCCAAAAUUUAGUAGGUGAAACUGAUUGAUUCAGUGCAGCUCUAUUCAUCGAACUGAAUUCGAUCCAAAAAACCGAAUAAAUACUUGUAUCACAUGAAGUGGUGUUCCUCUGCUUUAGUCGUUUGAGAAGGUUCUAUGAUAUUUUGAGUUUGGUUCACGUUUUGAUAACAAAAAUAGAUUCCAGGAUUUUACUAUGAUA